CCCCAGAUUUCUUUCUUUGGAUCAAAAUCUUUUGGAAGAAGAAGUCCUGACAGUCCCAUGUUGAGCAAAGCUGAAUUUGUUGAGAAAGUUCGCCAGAGCAACCAGGCUUGCCAUGAUGGCGAUUUUCAUACUGCAAUCGUGUUGUACAAUGAGGCUCUGGGAGUUGAUCCUCAGAACUGCAUUCUCUACAGUAAUCGUUCGGCAGCCUACAUGAAAAUCCAGCAGUAUGACAAGGCCCUGGAUGAUGCCAUCAAAGCACGACUUCUAAAUCCCAAAUGGCCAAAGGCAUACUUCCGACAGGGUGUGGCCCUUCAGUACCUUGGACGUCAUGCAGAUGCACUGGCAGCAUUUGCGUCGGGGCUGGCUCAAGAUCCCAAGAGUCUGCAGCUUCUGGUUGGUAUGGUCGAGGCCGCCAUGAAAUCCCCCAUGCGAGAGUCUCUGGAGCCCACCUAUCAACAACUGCAGAAGAUGAAGCUGGACAAGAGCCCCUUCGUUGUGGUGUCUGUGAUUGGCCAGGAACUUCUGACUGCGGGCCACCACGGGGCCUCUGUGGUGGUGCUGGAGGCUGCCCUGAAGAUCGGCACUUGCAGCCUAAAGCUGCGGGGAUCGGUGUUCUCUGCGCUGAGCAGCGCGUACUGGUCGCUGGGGAACACGGAGAAAAGCACUGGAUACAUGCAGCAGGACUUGGAUGUGGCCAAGACUUUAGGUGACCAGACGGGAGAAUGCCGAGCUCAUGGAAAUCUGGGCUCCGCAUUCUUCUCCAAAGGAAAUUACCGGGAGGCCCUGACUAACCACAGACAUCAGCUGGUGCUCGCCAUGAAACUCAAGGACAGAGAGGCAGCGUCCUCAGCACUGAGCAGUCUGGGCCACGUGUACACAGCCAUCGGGGACUACCCAAACGCGCUGGCUAGCCACAAGCAGUGCGUCCUCCUCGCCAAGCAGUCCAAAGACGAGCUCUCUGAGGCACGGGAGCUGGGCAACAUGGGCGCCGUGUACAUUGCAAUGGGGGAUUUUGAGAAUGCAGUGCAGUGCCAUGAACAACAUCUUAAGAUCGCCAAGGAGCUGGGGAACAAGCGGGAGGAAGCUCGAGCCUACAGCAAUCUAGGCAGCGCUUACCACUACCGGAGGAACUUCGACAAAGCCAUGUCCUACCACAACUAUGUGUUGGAGUUGGCCCAGGAGCUGGCUGAGAAGGCCAUUGAGAUGCGAGCCUAUGCUGGUUUGGGCCAUGCAGCUAGAUGUAUGCAGGACCUGGAGAGGGCUAAGCAGUACCACGAAGAGCAGCUGAACAUCGCUGAGAGCCUGCAGGACCGCGCUGCUGAGGGCAGAGCCUCCUCCAAUCUAGGAAUCAUUCACCAGAUGAAAGGCGACUACGACACCGCGCUGCGGCUGCAUAAAACGCAUCUGUCCAUAGCUCAGGAGCUAAGCGACUACGCGGCCCAGGGCCGGGCCUAUGGCAACAUGGGCAACGCCUACAACGCCCUGGGCAUGUACGACCAGGCUGUCAAGUACCAUCGGCAGGAGCUGCAGAUUUCCAUGGAAGUGAAUGACCGCGCCUCUCAGGCGUCUACGCACGGGAACUUAGCCGUGGCCUAUCAAGCGCUGGGUGCCCAUGACCGCGCUCUGCAGCACUACCAAAACCAUCUCAACAUCGCCCGGGAGCUGCGAGACAUCCAGAGCGAAGCACGCGCCCUCAGCAAUUUGGGCAACUUCCACUGCUCACGAGGAGAGUACGUGCAGGCAGCCCCUUACUACGAGCAGUACCUGCGCCUGUCCCCAGAGCUGCAGGACAUGGAAGGGGAGGGGAAGGUUUGCCAUAACCUUGGCUACGCCCACUACUGCCUUGGCAACUACGAGGAAGCUGUUAAGUACUACGAGCAGGAUCUGGCCUUAGCAAAGGAUCUUCAUGACAAGCUGAGCCAAGCCAAAGCCUAUUGCAACCUGGGCCUGGCCUUCAAAGCCUUGAUGGACUUCAGCAAAGCAGAGGAGUGUCAGAAGUACCUGUUGUCCCUGGCCCAGUCUCUGAACAAUUCCCAGGCCAAAUUCCGAGCUCUGGGGAACUUGGGGGAUAUUUUUGUCUGUAAAAAAGACGUAAAUGGUGCAAUAAAAUUUUAUGAGCAGCAGUUGAGUUUAGCUCAUCAUGUUAAAGACAGGAGACUGGAAGCCAGUGCCUAUGCAGCCUUGGGCUCUGCAUACAGAAUGAUACAGAAGUGUGACAAGGCUUUAGGUUACCACACGCAGGAGCUGGAGGUGUACCAGGAGCUGGGAGAUAUGCCGGGUGAAUGCAGAGCACAUGGUCACCUUGCUGCGGUGUAUAUGUCGCUUGGGAAGUACACCAUGGCCUUCAAGUGUUACGAAGAACAGCUGGAGCUCGGGCAGAAGUUGAAGGACCCCAGCAUAGAAGCCCAAGUCUAUGGUAACAUGGGCAUUACCAAGAUGAACAUGAAUGUCAUGGAGGAGGCUAUCGGCUACUUCGAACAGCAGCUGGCCAUGCUGCAGCAGCUCAGCGGAAAUGAAUCCGUGUUAGAUCGGGGCCGAGCCUACGGAAACCUGGGAGAUUGUUAUGAGGCUCUGGGAGAUUUUGAGGAAGCUAUAAAGUAUUAUGAACAGUACCUGUCUGUGGCUCAGAGCUUGAACCGUAUGCAAGAUCAGGCAAAGGCCUACCGGGGCUUGGGCAACGGGCACAGGGCUAUGGGAAGUUUGCAGCAAGCUCUGGUGUGCUUUGAGAAGAGGCUUGUGGUGGCACAUGAGCUGGGGGAGGCAUUUAACAAAGCCCAGGCCUACGGGGAGCUGGGCAGCCUGCACAGCCAGCUGGGCAACUACGAACAGGCCAUUUCUUGCCUGGAGCGGCAGCUGAACAUCGCUCGGGAAAUGAAGGACCGAGCCCUGGAGAGCGACGCUGCCUGCGGCCUCGGCGGGGUCUACCAGCAGAUGGGGGAGUACGACACAGCCCUGCAGUACCACCAGCUGGACCUGCAGAUUGCGGAGGAGACCAACAAUCCCACUUGCCAAGGCCGGGCCUACGGGAACCUGGGCCUGACCUACGAGUCCUUGGGCACCUACGAGAGGGCAGUAGUUUAUCAGGAGCAGCACCUCAGUAUUGCAGCGCAAAUGAACGACCUUGUAGCCAAAACUGUGUCUUACAGCAGUCUGGGGAGGACUCACCACGCCUUGCAGAACUACUCUCAGGCUGUGAUGUACCUGCAGGAAGGACUGAGGCUGGCAGAGCAGCUGGGACGCAGAGAAGAUGAAGCCAAAAUCCGCCAUGGCCUCGGCCUCUCCCUCUGGGCGAGUGGGAACCUGGAGGAGUCUCAGCACCAGCUGUACCGGGCCUCCGCGCUGUUCGAAACCAUCCGACACGAGGUGCAGCUGAGCACGGAUUACAAGCUGUCACUCUUCGACCUGCAGACAUCCUCCUACCAGGCCCUGCAGCGAGUCCUUGUCAGUCUCGGUCACCAUGAUGAAGCAUUGGCAGUAGCAGAGAGAGGACGGACGAGGGCAUUUGCUGACCUGCUCGUGGAACGUCAGACCGGGCAGCAGGACUCUGACCCGUAUUCUCCAGUGACCAUUGACCAGGUCCUGGAGACAGUGAAUGGCCAGAGGGGACUUGUUCUCUACUAUUCCCUGGCUGCGGGUUAUCUGUACAGCUGGCUGCUGGCUCCUGGGGCAGGAAUUCUGAAGUUUCAUGAGUAUUAUCUGGGUGACAGCCUGACAGAAAACUCCGGGGACUUCCAUGAAGCCAACAGCGUGACCCUGCAAACAAUAACGAACUCUGCACUGGAGCAGCACAUCUCCAGCGUGAGGGAGGCUCUGGGCGUGGAUUCCUACUACACCCGAGCCUGUGCCAGUAGCGAGACUGAGAGUGAAGCUGGGGACAUCAUGGACCAGCAGUUUGAGGAGAUGAACAACAAGCUGAACUCGAUGACUGAUCCCACUGGCUUCCUGAGGAUGGUCAGCAGGAACAACCUCCUGAACAGGAGCUGCCAGAGCAUGACCAGCCUGUUCAGCAGCACCGUGUCCCCUGUUAAGGACGGGACAUCAUCUCUUCCGAGGAGGCAGACUUCCUUCACCAAGCCCCCACUCCGUGCACUCUACGACUUACUGAUAGGACCUAUGGAAGGAGGUUUGAUGCAUUCCAGCGGGCCCGUCGGCCGCCACCGCCAGCUGAUCCUGGUCCUGGAGGGAGAACUGUACCUCAUCCCUUUCGCUCUCCUGAAGGGCAGUUCCUCCAACGAGUACCUCUAUGAGCGCUUCAGCCUCAUUGCGGUGCCAUCCAUCCAGUCGCUGAAUCCCAGCUCUAAGUCCCAUGUGAGGAAGAACACUCCUGCUUACUCCAGCUCUACCUCAAUGGCAGCUGUCAUAGGGAAUCCCAAGCUCCCUUCAGCAGUUAUGGACAGGUGGCUGUGGGGACCUAUGCCCUCUGCAGAAGAGGAAGCCUAUAUGGUAUCCGAGUUACUUGGCUGCCAGCCCCUAGUUGGCACCGCAGCAACAAAGGAGAGGGUCAUGAGUGCCCUCACUCAGGCAGAAUGUGUCCAUUUUGCAACCCACGUCUCUUGGAAACUGGCUGCUUUGGUCCUGACACCCAACACUGACAGCAAUCCAGGCAGCAGCAAGAGCUCUUUUGGGAACCCCUACACAAUCCCAGAAUCCCUUCGGAUGCAGGAUGAUGCCAGUGAUGUGGAGAGCAUCUCCGACUGCCCUCCUCUUCAGGAGUUCCUGCUUACAGCAGCUGAUGUCCUGGAUCUGCGGCUGCCGGUCAAAUUAGUGGUUCUUGGCUCGUACCAAGAGUCCAACAGCAAGGUCACUGCUGAUGGAGUCAUUGGCUUGACGAGAGCGUUCCUGGCUGCUGGGGCUCAGUGUGUCCUUGUGUCGCUCUGGCCUGUUCCCGUGGCUGCUUCCAAAAUGUUUGUGCAUGCCUUCUAUUCCUCCCUCUUAAACGGGAUGAAGGCCAGUGCAGCCCUUGGAGAAGCGAUGAAAACUGUGCAGAGCAGCAAGCAGUUCUCCCAUCCGUCCAACUGGGCAGGCUUCAUGCUUAUUGGGAGUGAUAUGAAGCUGAACAGCCCUUCUUCGCUGGUCGGACAGGCCCUGACUGAGAUUCUGCAGCACCCUGAAAGGGCACGAGAUGCUCUGCGUGUCCUGCUACAUCUGGUGGAGAAAUCACUGCAGCGAAUCCAGAACGGGCAGCACAACUCCAUGUACACCUCCCAGCAAAGCGUGGAGAAUAAAGUGGGCGGCAUCCCGGGCUGGCAGGCGCUGCUGACGGCGGUGGGGUUCCGGCUGGACCCCCCGGCCAGCGGCCUCCCGGCAGCAGUCUUCUUCCCCACCGCCGACCCCGGGGACCGCCUGCAGCAGUGCAGCACCACCAUACAGUCCCUCCUCGGUUUGCCUAACCCUGCACUUCAGGCACUUUGUAAACUUAUCACAGCCUCAGAAACAGGAGAACAGCUUAUCAACAGGGCUGUUAAAAAUAUGGUGGGAAUGCUGCAUCAAGUCCUGGUUCAACUUCAGGCAGGCGAGAAGGAGCAAGAUUUCUCAUCUGCACCAAUCCAGGUUUCCAUCAGUGUCCAGCUCUGGAGGCUACCUGGCUGUCAUGAGUUUCUGGCAGCUCUAGGUUUUGACCUUUGUGAAGUUGGCCAAGAGGAGGUGAUACUGAAAACUGGGAAACAAGCUAAUAGGAGGACCAUGCACUUUGCUCUACAAUCCUUGCUGGCACUUUUUGAUUCUACAGAGCUGCCUAAGCGCCUUAGCCUGGACAGUUCCUCAUCGCUAGAGUCCCUGGCUUCUGCUCAGUCUAUUUCUAACCCUGUACCCCAGUAUCAAAACCCUCCAUUCUCUCCUACCUGUCCAGACAGCAUUGCGUCAGAUGCCAUUUCUGUGUACAGCCUGAGCUCCAUUGCUUCCUCCAUGAGUUUUGUUUCUAAGCAAGAGAGCGUGGCAGAUGGUGUGGGACACAGAGGACGCCAGGACUAUGAAAGGCCCAAGAACAUCUACCCGCAGAGGUCUGCGGUACAGAGCCAGUUGUCACCACAAACCAGCACUGUAGCCAGCAAAGAUGAGGAAGAGUAUGAAGGUUUUUCUAUAAUCAGCAACGAGCCUUUGGCCAGUUACCAAGAAAACGUAAAACCAAGAUUUUCCCCUGAUCACAAACAGCCCAAAACUGGUCAGACUGGAAGCAUUAAAGAGUCUGUCAACUCCAAAGGGAGCAUAAGUACCCCAAAUUCUCCUGUUAAAAUGACUCUUAUUCCCAGUCCAAAUUCACCUUUCCAAAAAGUUGGGAAACUUGCAAGUUCUGAUACUGGGGAAUCUGACCAGUCUAGCACUGAGACUGACAGCACUGUCAAAUCCCAGGAGGACAGCAAUCCAAAGCUUGACCCACAAGAGUUGGCCCAGAAAAUUCUGGAGGAAACUCAGAGUCACCUCAUUGCUGUUGAACGUCUUCAGAGAAGCAGCAGCCAAAUAAGCAAGAGCAACACUUCCGAGGAUGGGGCCUCCACCCCUGCGGGUGUGUCUGCAUUCAGAUGCUCCGAGACCAGCGCGUUCAGCCGGCCAGUCAGCAAGAACCAGUCUUCACCUCUCGCAAUGAAACCAAAGCCUCCAACGAGGAGUUCAUCCCUUCAGAAGGUGAGCUCUGGCUAUAACAGCCCUACGACGUCGGAGAUGUCAAACAAAGAAGGCACAGGCCAAUACAGCGGGCAGCCAUCUCCAAGUUGUGAGUCGCAUGGGUCCUUAACUGAGCAGCCUCACUUCAAACUCAAGUACCCCAGCUCUCCCUACAGUGCUCAUAUUUCUAAAUCACCCAGAAAUAUCUCUCCAAGCUCAGGGCAUCAGUCUCCUGGUGGCAGCACUCCAUCUCCUGCUCUUUCCUAUUCCUCAGCUGGUUCUGCUCGCUCAAGUCCAGCUGAUGCCCCAGACAUAGAUAAGUUAAAGAUGGCUGCCAUUGAUGAAAAAGUGCAAGCAAUUCACAACUUAAAGAUGUUCUGGCAAAGCACUCCCCAUCACUCCACUGGCCCGAUAAAGAUUCUCCGAGGAGCUCCUGGAACAAUGACUUCUAAGAAAGAUGUCCUCAGCUUGCUCAAUCUAUCUCCACGGCACAGCAAAGAAGAAAGCGCAGAUAAGCUGGAACUCAAGGACCUGUCUAUCGAGCAACACCUUGCUUCUCCACAGAAGAACCCCCCAAAUGGACACAGGCGCCCUGAAACUACAAACACAGUGACAUCAGCUCAUUCCCCUUCCAGUAGCACUCCAGGAACCGCGCGUCCCGUGAGGCUGCCGUCCGGGAACGGUUAUAAAUUUUUGUCACCGGGAAGAUUUUUUCCUUCUUCCAAAUGUUGAAAUGUCUCGAGUACCAGCUGAUGACUUACAAUCUUGUUACAGUAUUUGCUUCUGCCCACUUGCCUUUAUCAGUACAGAACCAUUAUCUAAGCAGGAGUGGUCACACCCACAGUUGGCAGUCCCAGGUGACAGACUGGCCCCGUCGCUGCGCAGGACACGACCCUCACAGAGGGGUUUUAGUCCCUUACCAGGAUCUUGCCCAGACUCCCCUGAUAACAGGUUCUCUGUCGUGUUCAGUGUUUGCAGCAGCAGGUCCGAUGAAUCCAGUUGUUCAUCAAAUACUAGCUUUUAAGCCACCUACUUGUAUUUCUUAACCUAACAGGCAGUUUUACAGCUGGCUUUUCAUACGGAAAUUAGACUUAUCAGGGAUUGGAGAGGGAAGCGAGGGGAGGCAGAACUUCCAUGUAUACCACAAAGAAAGUAUGCACAAGUUUCUGCCUGGAGAAGUACAAGCCAUUGAUUUGAUUGCUUUCACAGGCUGACAGAGGGGACAGGGUGACACACCUCCAGAUAUCUGCCAAGUUACCCAAACACAAGAGAUUGCUGGCAAUAAAACUCCAUAGCAGCAUGAUACUGGCAGUUCUCUUGCAUCAUUUAGAGGCUAGUGAAACAAAGACAAGAGGAUAGAGGUGCCCCAUUCUAAAACCUGCAUCUCGGGUAGCUCUUUCCUGGAGGGAGGAGACCUUUCAGGUGAUUUUACUGCUUGGUCUGCUCAGAAAGAAUGUUUGGGGCAUAACGAGCAGAGUGAGCCUCAGCGUGAGGUAGUGAGCGUGUGUCAGAGAGACAAGUUCUGGUUUUGAGUGCUCUGAUAUUUCUGGCACACAGCGUUACGAAGGUGAAAUUUUCAUCUUGGCAAGUAUUUGGGCAGCAAGUGCACAGAAAAGAGUUACAGACACUGAAGCUCAGAACGUUAUUUUACAGUAGGCAGGACUGCAACAUCGGUGUAUGAUUUAGAAAUCACCUGACCAAAUACACCCUUCACUGCUCCUGCCGAAUCAUUCCACUGCUCAGCACGGGCAGGUCCGCACACCCCCCCUGCUCUGGAAGCAGGUUUCUCGUGGAGCCCGUGUCCAGCCCGAGGAGCUGUCAGUGCAGGCAGAGCAGCUGGGUGCCGAGCCUGGUCGGAGGAGAAGAGAGGACCAAGAGCACCCCAGGGGUGAUGUGUAGAGUAAGCUUUCCUAGGCUGGAUGGUGUUUGGGUGUUAGGCAUCAAGUUGGAGUUUAUUUCUUUCAAGCAGCUGUUGAACGCAGUGAUGUAAUCAGAAUCGAAAUGAUAAUCUACAUGCACUGAAAACUGUGGGCAUGUGGUAGCAUUAACCUGGCCACACUGCACACUGAGAUCAAGCAAAGUAUUUCCCAGGCCACGUGCUAUGAAGUCAGAGCACUGGAUCACCAAGGCUUUUGGUUUCUAUCCUGCACUCCCAAAAUUUGCUGAGUGACUGAAGGCUAAUCACUUCACCUCUCCGUGCCUCGUCUUCCCUUUCUAUCUAAAUGGGGAUAGUAAUGCUUACCUACCUACCUCACAGAGGUGUUGUGAGGCUUAAUUAAUUAGGCCCUGAGUUUUAGCUGGAUCUUAAGUCAACUUCCAGUCUUGCAGCUGACCACCUGAAUGGUGAGUGUGGUCAGCUCUGGAAGUGUGAUGGGGCACAUUGCUGAUGCAGAUAAUUGUUGCACUUACCAUGUCUGGAUGCUCUUCUUGAAAAUACGGAUCUGAUAGUUUGUGAUUUUCUUAGGGAUCUUGGAGGAGAAGCAGGAUAGCCAGACAGAUGAUUCUGAUACCAGAAUAUAAAAUUACUUAGGCUCAGCUUACUCAUGGUGCAUAUAUCAGAUGCUUGCCUUCAGUAUAUUCUAGAAUCCACUGGUUUUGGGAGAAUGUUUUUGCCAUCGCAAGAAAUGAACACAAGCACUAAAGGCAAAGACUAUAGGGCUGUGUUGUUACAGUCAGCUAACAAGGGAUGGUUGAUCGCAAAAGUUUCGGUGCAGAAAGACAAAAAGAGUAGUUACUCGUCUACUCAUAUUAUGCAAUGUAGCAAAACAGUUGAGUAAAUUGUCCAACUCAUAUGAUGCAAGUUAUUGUCUGUACAAUACAUCUUUCUGUGAUGGUUUGGUGCUAGAUAUCAUCUUCUCGUCAUUUGGCAGGAAAAAACAGAAUAGUGGGCCAAAAUGAGUCAGUACAGCGUCUGCCCGUGGUGUAGACGGUGAUAUUGCUGAACAUGCAACUUGCUGUGGUCACAAGACUGAGGAGAGACUUCAUAUGACCUACUCUGUUUCUAACCAGCAUAACUGAUUUAAAACGACAUCCCAGGAACAUCCAGGAUGGAAGUGGGCAGCUUUUUUUUUAUAGCAACAGCAAAUACUCCCUGUAGUGCUGCAUAACACGCCAGAAAUAAGCCUCUUUACUUGUAGCUUACUUCCAUAACUAAAGGUUCUUUUAAUCUGUAGAAAUUAUAUAUUGCCAUUUUGGUACAACCCCUUUUCACGCUGCCAGUAGGUUUCAUACUGGCUUAAAGUUUUCAAAAAGAGCUAAAUCGGGGCGGGAGGGUGGUUCUUCUGUUGUUUUUUUUAAGGAGGGGGGAGCAUUAGAAACAGGGAAGGGUUCAGAUGUAGAGGAAGUUCAGUAUUUGGGAGAUCGGUGUUGUAUAAAUAUGGAAGGUGGGUGUCACUAGAGCAAGUCCCUUGGGAAACGUGUUUCCGUUGACUUGGCACAGGGCACUUCCGUUGGCUUAACGAGAGCCAUGAAGAUGCAUGCUUACUCAUGGCGGAGACACUUCACACACCUUGUGCCUCACUCCUCCACCCCUGAAUGAGAAAGAACCCCUUUGUGAGGAAAAAAGAGUUUUAUCAGGUUUGCCCAAUAUGUGGAGAAAUUCAGGAAAUGAAAAUAACAUGUUCUCCGUUUGAUAUUAGAAACCCUUCUGUGGAGUUGAAAUGCAUUUGUCGUUGUUGUAUUUGUGCAUGGUACAAGUGACAACACUGCUGAAUACAGUGAGCAAUAAGAGGUAUUAUCCACUUUCACACUAAACCUGCCACAUGCAACCAUUCCCCAAGGCCACAGAAUGUACUUUAGGUUGGUUUUGCCCAGUAUGUUUUACUGUGUGAAUUUUUAUUGACUGUCUUUAGCUCCAUCUAAAUGGGAACAGUAAACAGACUCUCUGAUCAAAAUCCAGUUUAAUUUGAUUUUGUUGGUUAGCCUGUACUCUGGCCUGGUACUGAUUUUUUUUUUUUUAGUCAUACCUUACUUAAACAAGGAAAAAGCAUUGAAGGGGUGCUACACCCACGUGUAUCACUCUAGGCCAUAUUCCCUUUCAUUAGGUCAAGCUCGUUCUGUGAACAUCUCUUUCAAGUUGCAGAAUAGAUCCAGGUGCACAGAAAUAUCUGUGAAUCUGUUAAGAAACACUGGUAGUUUCAGGCUAGACGGUAAUAAUGGGUUUGAGCAGUUUCAUGUUCAUUGCAUCGCCGUGCCGUCUGGAAAGGCUGCGAAGUGUGUGGAGAACGUGGCCCCUCGGUUGCAGAACUCCUUCGAAAGAGCGUUAAAGAUGGUAACUCGGAGAGGACUGUCAGCAAAGACUCUUCCAAGCAGCAGCCCGUUAGCACUUGCUCUCCUUGUAUGCAGUGUUAGCCGUGUUUGGCCUAUAUGGACUUUCUUUGUAAAUUAAAACUCUGUUUCCAGACAGCAUUAAACUUUUUAUAUUAUGAAAUUUACCAUGUAAAAAGAUUUUCAUAUUUUUAUUGAAAUUGCUAAGGCAUUUGGCCUUCUUCCUUUGUGAUUUCAGUGUCUAUUAAAGCAUGAGUUCUCUCAGUA